UUUCUAGGUAUUUACAUGUGUAUGUUUUACCAUUUUUAACAGAAACAGCUGUUUUAAGUUGAGUCCCCCCAUUUUAUGCAGUGCAAAAUUAAGUGAUGCAGUAAAGUAGUGCAGCAGAUUUGGCUUAGUCCCUGUAACCUUCUCCUUGUGGCUCAAGGAAGGCCAAAAGGAAAAUGUAUCUCAUCUGAAAGGACCCCAAUGACAAAAGGGACUCACUCUAGACCGAAAGGAACCCGCAUGAAUAACAAAAGAACAAACGUCAAAGUCAAAAAUGAUUUCUAAAAUAUUUUUCAGACUUUCACAGCUUAAAAAUUACCUACCAGCUUUUUAUAUACAGUAUAAUUAAAUAGAGAACAUUUCCUUUGACCUGUAACAAGACAUACAUUUCACACUUCAAAUUUCUGUUAGUGGUAAUUCCUUGAUCUGAAAGUGAGCAAUAUGGAAAACAAAUCAUGAAAAUAAAAUGGAGAAACCAGCAAACUCUUGUGUCAUAGCAACAAUGAGUUAUGAAUAAACUUUUGAUGUUUGUCUCAACACUCCUGCGGGGACAGAGACACGUAUGCUCAAAAAUGCUGAUUAUGAUCUUAUGAUUAACAAUGCAGAAGUGAGCAAUUACAGGAAAGCCUUCUUCACACAUUCUCAGUUUCUUUGAAAAAAAUGCGCAGGCACAAUGCUACGGAAAUGUUUAACAAAUGUCAGCAAAAAACAAAGAAAAGUUAAACCACAAACGCACAAAAUCCCAAAGAUUGAAAAGCAUGCAUUGUUGUCGCUUCAUGUUGUGAGAGAAGGAAACUUUUACAGUACUUUGUUCUAAAGCAGAGAAAGCAGGAACAUACAAAGGGAUGAGGUGGCCCACCCCAACAGAAUAAAGUAAGGAACAGCAGAGCACCAAGUUAAUUGGAAAAAUAGCAUAAAUCGACAAGUGAUCAUGUAUGUAUCAUUUAGUAUGAUGGCGAGGAUGGGUAGAGUGUCGUCUAAUGAAAAUGUUUUCGUGGGUCAAAAUAUGGAAUCAGUUUUGGGAAAUUACAGCGCUGAGAUAAGGCUUUCAUGAUUAUGAUAAAUCUUUCGCCUAUAGCUUCGGUGACUACUAAAUUAAAUUGAAAUUAAUUUAAUGGCUACAUGCAGGAAUAAGGUCCAACAUCAUUGUUGUACUUACAUCUCAAUAUUUUAGCAUUUCAGUAAAUAAAAAAUAACUUUAGUAGUGCUAAAAAUGGUGAAAAGUUUAGUUUGAGAGUACAAAUAUGUAGUAUAUAAAAUUGUCUCAUUAGGACAUAUAAAGGAAAAAGGGGUAUCAGGUUUUCAACCAAAAUGUCUUGGUCUUGGAGUUCAGAAUUCCAUUGCCCUUAAUAACAACCACAUAACCAGUAGAUUGAUAAUAACAUCAUAAUAGCAAAUAUUUAUCACAAUAUUUCACCAGAAGAUUUUCUUUUCAUCGUAUCAUAAUUUUUUACGAUGCCAAGCAUACUCAUGGUGUGCUUGGGCAAAAAUCAGUUUCAUCAAACAUUUUUUGAUCUGGUUUCAGUUAAAGUUCAGCUUUGGAAUUUGGAAAAUAUGGAGCGGACUCAAAACCACUUGACACAAAAAAGGAGCAUCCCCCAAAAGAGAUACAAAAAAAGCUGAGAAAAUAUCCUUUAAAUUAUUCAGACAAUCAGCACGAUGCUUUUGUUUUUAUUCAUUUUUUAUUAUUCAUUUUAAUGAACCACUUGAAAUGAAAAGACUUGUUUAAUGAUGCAAAAAAGCCAGGACAUCGCAUGUUCAAACACAGUUGGUUUCAGACAUUUUUUGAGUUAUAGAAUUGUAUGAAAUGACAUAUGCACUAGUGUUGAUAUUUUUAAUCAUGUUUUUAGUACUGCCACUGAGAGCGUAGGACAGGGUCUAGAUUGACAGUUUGGGAAUUGUGGAUUGAUGCAAAUGACAGUGGAUGCUGACAAAUUUACCAAACAUAAUUUGUAAGCCGUUCUGUCCCCCUCUCUCCUUCCCACUCCCACUCCUCACUCCCAGAAUGAAUGACACAGAGGAUCCCACCUUGGAUUACGUCUAUAAUUAUGAAUCCAGUCCCUGCAGCACAGAUGCCACCCUAGGCUCGGGAUUCCAAACAGUACUGUUCUUGAUCGUCUUUCUCCUCAGUUUCAUCGGUAACAUUGUUGUUUUGUGGGUCCUCGUCCGGGUCAUCAAGCUGAAAAGCCUCACAGAUAUCUGCCUCCUGAACCUGGCCCUCUCCGACCUAUUGGUGGCACUCUCACUGCCGCUGUGGGUGUUCCACGCUGUGAAGCCGAGGCUAGUGGGCGACGACCUUUGUAAAACCACUGCAGGCGUCUACCAGAUAGGCCUCUACAGUGGUCUCCUGUUUGUGUGCCUCAUAAGUGUCGAUCGCUACCUGGCCAUCGUCCACGCUGUGGCUGCAAUGCGUGCCAGAACCCUUCAGUAUGGGAUAGUCGCAAGUGUGGUCAUCUGGAUCACAUCCAUUUGUGGCGCGCUGCCAGGCUUUAUCUUUACUGUGGUUUCUAAAGACGAAGAGGAAGGUGCCGCACGCUGCGAACAGAUCUACAACGUCGAAUCGGCAAAGACUUUUAAACUCCUCCGUAACUUUGGGGAGAAUGCAGUGGUGCUCUUUAUCUUCCUCCCUAUAAUGCUGUUCUGCUACAGCAGAAUCCUGGCUGUGCUACUGAGGACCCGGAACUCCAAUAAGCACCGGGCCAUGAGGCUGAUCUUUGCCAUCGUUGGCCUGUUUCUGGUCUCCUGGGUUCCGUACAAUGUGGUGGUUUUCCUCAUCAAUAUAAAGGAACUGGGCAUUUGGAACACGUGCACGGUGGACAGAUGGACGGGUAUGGCCCUGACCAUAACUGAGACCAUCACCUUGGCACACUGCUGCGUGAACCCAAUCAUCUAUGGUUUUGUGGGGGAGAAGUUUCGGAUGCACCUGAGGCACGUACUGUCCAGAGUGCCAAUCUGUGCAGCUUGCUGCCAGCCUCCAGGGAUCCACAGCAAGGUGUCUGAAAACGACACGUCCAACAUGACGGUGUGAGGGAAGUCCUCACGGUCCAAGGCUACCCAUUGGUCAAAGUGGGCUUAAAGCAGCACAACAUCCCAGAAACAGGAGAGUUCUCGGUUCCGUUAAUGCUAUAUUUGCACUCAUAUCUUAUGAUCUCAGUGCAGCUUUCAUUAGAAUAGGCUUGCAAUUUGCAAGUAAAAAUGGAACUGAAUGAAAUUUUCCAUGUAUAAACGCUUAAUAUCCACUGUAGACAUGCAGUCUUUUGAAAAGUCUUAUAGGUCUCAGAAUAACAGCCAAUUAUUUGGUGAAAUUACAAUGGGACAUGUAUUAGAAAUAGACAUUUGCAUGGUGGUAGGAAUGUUGGGGUUCUCUUUUUUCAGUGCAUACUGCAUAUUGUCUAUUGUAAUAUAAAUGAAUGGGAUAGCUAUCUAAUCUAGUUCCAAAAGUCUCCAAGUAAGUGAAGACCCCAAAGAUAUGGCUGGAUUAAAAUCCUAUUCUUCAACAUGGAAGACUGAACAAUAACUGGAAAUAGUCAUCACUACCUCAGUGAAAUACUUUAUUAAAAAUUGCAAAUAGCAUGUUAUAGGCAUUCUUUUACAUGUAAAUUGCCAUGCAAGGGAUUUAGAAAUAAAAGCAUUUAAAUGUG